AGUGACGAAAGAGGAAGACGCGGAGGUACUCUCAUUCUCUAAUCUAUUUCUUCGAUAGUGUUGAUUCUCCGCAAAAUCCUCUCGAGAGAAUCUUUCCCAAAAGAGAUUAGAUUUGGUGGAAGAAAAGAGUUCUUCGUCUUCUUGUUGUUGUUGAGGAUUGAAGAAGAAGAGAAAUGAACCGACAAAACGGUGGAGGGCAGCGGCUGAGAUCCGCUAGACCCACCACAAUUCACGAUUGUGCUCUCUCCGGCGAUCUUAUUGCUUUACAGAGACUUCUUAAAGACAAUCCUUCUCUUCUCAAUGAACGCAAUCCCGUCGUAAUGUCCAAAUCUUGACUCUUUCUUUAUGUAUGCAUUUUGAUUCCGGGAUGUGUUUGAUUCGGUGGGUCGAUUUAGAUUGUAGCUGAAUUUUGGAAUCUGGAUGCAAAAUUUGAACUUUUAGAUAGGGUCUGAUUUCGAAUCUCGACAGGAUUCAUGAUCUUCAAGCUUUGUAUAUGCAUGUGAAUCUAUAAAAAGCAAACUUUAUUGAAAUGUGUGUUGUAUUGACUUUGAUUAGUAUUGCAGAUGUAUCAUACGCCACUUCAUGUUUCUGCUGGUAAUGGUAAUGUUGAUAUUGUUAAGUAUCUUCUCGCUUGGACUGGAUCUGAUAAAGUUGAGUUAGAAGCAAUGAAUACUUAUGGUGAGACUCCAUUGCAUAUGGCAGCUAAGAACGGUUGUAAUGAAGCUGCAAAGCUACUCCUUGAGAGUGGUGCUUUUAUCGAAGCUAAAGCCAGCAAUGGUAUGACACCGUUGCAUCUUGCGGUAUGGUACUCAAUUACUGCUAAAGAGAUCUCGACUGUUAAGACACUGCUUGAUCAUAACGCAGAUUGCAGUGCAAAAGAUAAUGAAGGGAUGACUCCUUUGGACCAUCUGCCUCAAGGGCAAGGCAGUGAGAAGUUACGGGAAUUACUGCGGUGGUUUCUCCAAGAGCAGAGGAAAAGAAGUGCGCUUGAGCAAUGUGGUAAGACAAAAGCCAAGAUGGAACUACUUGAGGAUGAGUUAUCAAAUAUUGUUGGAUUAAGUGAGCUGAAGACACAACUGAGGAAAUGGGCGAAAGGAAUGCUUUUAGAUGAAAGGCGAAGGGCUCUUGGGCUAAAUAUUGGAACCCGAAGACCUCCGCAUAUGGCAUUUCUUGGAAACCCUGGAACAGGUAAAACCAUGGUAGCUCGAGUUCUCGGGAAGCUGCUUAACACGGUUGGAAUUUUACCAACUGAUAAGGUAACAGAAGUACAGCGUACAGAUUUGGUGGGUGAGUUUGUUGGCCAUACAGGACCAAAGACCAGGAGAAAGAUCCAAGAAGCUGAGGGAGGAAUUCUGUUUGUGGAUGAAGCAUACAGAUUGAUCCCGAUGCAAAAGGCGGACGACAAGGACUACGGUCUAGAAGCUCUGGAAGAAAUCAUGUCAGUCAUGGACACAGGGAAAAUUGUGGUGAUAUUUGCAGGAUACAGCGAGCCCAUGAAGCGUGUGAUCGCAUCAAACGAAGGGUUUUGCAGAAGGGUCACAAAGUUUUUCAAUUUCAGCGACUUCAGUGCCAAGGAACUGGCGCAGAUACUACACAUCAAGAUGAACAACCAAGGAGAGGACACUCUGUUCUAUGGUUUCAGAUUGCAUGAGUCCUGCACUUUGCAGGAGAUAGCGUCACUGAUAGAGGCAGAAACAACGGAAAAGCAGAGGAAAGAGAUGAAUGGAGGAUUGGUGGACACGUUACUUGUUAACGCGAGGGAGAAUCUUGAUCUCCGACUUAGCUUUGAGUGUGUUGACACUGAAGAGAUUUGUACAAUCAAGUUGGAGGAUCUAGAGGCCGGGCUUCGAGUUUUCUCGCAGUGAAAAGAAACUUCUGAUGGCUAAUAAUUGGUUAGUAUUACAAAUUGUAUUGAUUCAAUUCUUUACAUCAUAUAUUCUUUAUGUUUUUGUCCCCCUCAAGAUCUUGUAGGAGGAGAGGCUUUGGUUUCAACUUCCAUUGUUUGAUCAAAUCUAUUUCUGUUGUAUAAAACUAUAUUGAUAUUUUGUCUUUUCACUUUUCUCAUAUUUUUUUGUAAAAUGUCUUUCUAUUUCUUUUAAUUCAUAGUAGUGUUAUUUAUG